AUGCCUCCUAUACCUCCCAGUAUAGCUAGGAAGCUCUCCCUCGCUAUCCUCAAUUCUAAUCCCACUACUGUCGUACAUCGAGCCCAGUUCAAAAGUCGUCCCAGCGUACUCUCUCUUGAUAAAGGAGCUAUUGAUGUAGGCCAGGAAGGUUCGCCGUCCACGAGCCUCUCUAGCACUGGCAAGUCAUCCACUCCCCCCAGAGUUGAGUCGACAGGGAAGACUUCACUUGAUUCGAAGUUUUCCAUGAAUUCAAAAGCAGCAUCACAGCACUCUUCUGAAAACAAGAAGCUGGCUGAGAAGAAACUCGCCGAAGGUGGAGGAGGCUCGAACGAGAAUUCGCUUACUCCGAUUGCUGAAGUCGAGAUGUUGGAUCCAGAACCAGUACCAACUGUCGUCACAGUCGAAAAAGCAGCCGCAGCCAAGAUAUUUUUCGAGUGCCAUUACAACAAAGUAGCAUCGGGUGAACCGACGCCUCGUUCUCUACGUCGCCUGCAACUCGAGGCUGCCCUGCACGAGAAUAUCACUUGCUCUCCAGCUGAGAAGGAUGAGCAGCGCCGAGCUUGGUUAAGAGAAGAAAGUAACCAUCUUCGAGAGACUAGAGUCAUGAAAGUACGUGGUGCGAACGCAUUGAAGGGGAAAGAUAUCACCUCUUCUAGUUUCGAGACGGUCAAAAUUCUAGGAAAAGGAAGCUUUGGCGUUGUUCGACUCGUAAGGGAGAAGUCAGAGAAUGGCAAUGAAAAAAAGAAAGAGAUCUACGCUAUGAAAGUCAUUCGCAAGUCUGAUAUGCUCCGAAAUAGCCAAGAAGGCCAUCUGCGUGCUGAACGUGACUUUCUGGUCGCUGCUGAAGGUUCUCGAUGGGUUAUCCCCCUCAUUGCGAGCUUUCAAGAUCUUAAUAACCUCUAUCUGGUGAUGGAUUAUAUGCCUGGUGGUGACUUCCUCGGCCUUCUCAUCCGUGACAAUGUUCUUUCGGAAUCUGUCGCGAAAUGGUACGUUGCCGAAAUGAUCCUUUGCAUUGAGGAAGCGCAUUCCCUCCGUUGGAUCCACCGCGAUGUCAAGCCCGAUAACUUCCUCAUCUCUGCUUCGGGUCACUUGAAGAUUUCGGACUUUGGUCUUGCUUUUGACGGGCAUUGGUCCCAUGACCAAGCUUAUUUCAAUAACCAUAGACAUUCUCUUCUCACCAAACUUGGCAUCAACGUCGAAGGCGACUCAAUUGACAAGAAGGAAGGUAGAAGUAUUGCCGCAGCCAUGAAGCUUGCGCACGUCCUCAUGGGUACCAAAGAUCGGCACGCGCGAGACUCUACCAGCAAUUCCGAGUACGAGGGAGUUCUCAAUUGGCGAAAUCGGAAAGGUAAUCGGACUCUUGCCCGAUCCGUAGUUGGGACCAGCCAAUAUAUGGCACCAGAGGUCGUGCGUGGUGAGCUCUACGACGCUCGUUGCGACUGGUGGAGUGUGGCAAUCAUUCUAUACGAAUGCCUGUAUGGCCAUACGCCUUUCCUCGCGGAGGAAGGUGGGAGGCAACAGACCAAGAUGAAUAUACUGAGCCACAAGACGACGUUUGCCUUCCCUUCCAAGCCAGCCAUCAGCAGGAGAUGUCAAGAUCUCAUCCGAAGUAUAAUUCAAGAGAAGGACCAUCGCCUUUGUUCCAAGCGUUACAAGACCAAAGAUCAUAGCUCUGGCUCUCGUCACAACCAAGACGUCGCUGGUCGUUGCGUGUAUCCUGACGAUGCCGAGGAAAUCAAGGCUCACAAGUGGUUCCGAGACAUCCCGUGGGAUCGAAUGCACACGAUGGUCCCCCCUUUUGUUCCUAAUAUCAAAUCCACCGACGACACACACUACUUUGAUGAAGAGGAUUCCAUAUCAGACUUUUCGGCGUCCAUUCCCCGUGCCCCGCCAACGACAGAAGAGAUUGCCGAUGCCUUGAAGAAGUUCAACCGGGAGCUUCAAAUUCUUGCGACGGGCUUCAUUGAACGACCAUACGAUUCGAUGAAGUUGAGAAAGGUUGAAAGAGAAAUCGAUGCAUUCAAUGUCUCAGACGAGCAGAAGAAUUAUUUGAAGGGAUUUGUGAAGCGGUAUGGACGCAAAGAAAAGAAGAGACCUCGAGACAGGCUAUUACGGGAUCGUGACUUCGCACCAAAAGUGUUGGAGCUACGGAAGAGAGGGGCGUUCCUCGGAUACACGUAUAGGAGGAUCCGGUUUAGAAAGGAGAGUUUUGCCAGGGCCGGGGGAGUUGUUGUCAGCACCCCUGGAAAGAGGAACGGGUGGUACCGUGCAAGACUGAGCAUCCAUUGACAGAUGGGAUAGAGGUAAUCGUAGGUGGGAACGGCUCGAUUGGUCCAAUCAAUCAAUAUUCUUUCGCUCUCUUAGAGUUUUCAUUUGUGCGGGGGAGGGUGUGGGCAACUGCAGAGAUGUCAUUGUGUAGUGCAAAACUCGGACACUUGUCAGGCCAACCAAUCCAUUGGUUUGUUUCUAAGUCUACAGGUU